AUGUCGACGCACUCAGUCACCCCCGCGCUCUCAGCGGUCACUCUAUGUGGACCCAAGUCUAGGGCGAUCAACCCCGUCGCUCCCGUGACUAGGGCUGGAGCCGAUUCUCUCCGUCUCAAGAAGGUGUUUACCGGUACUGCCCUUCGUCGUGCGACGCUGCGAAGCACGCGUCGCCAAAUCCCAGCGGCGGUUCGCGCGCACGGCCACGGUCACUCCCACGGGGAUGGGGGCCACGAGCACGGCCAAGACUACGACGACAAAGACGACGUCAACAUCCACAGCCACACAUGGCCCCCCAAGGCUGGUGAAACCUGGAAGAACUUCAAGCCCGUCGAAAAGAGGGAGCCCGGUGACAGGCUCGCCGAGGUCCUCGACGUCAUCCGCAACGCCAAGUACGAGAGCAUCUCCAGGAAUCAAGGCCGUGACGACCUGGCCAUGAGGCUUGCUGCUGCGGAGCAGGAGAACGAGAAGCUCACUGAGGAGGUGAAGAAGCAACAGGCCAUAAACGAUAAGGCGGCGCAUGAGCUGCUGAAGGAUGCGGAGGAGCUCGCGUUCAUGUCCAUGCGACUGGAGAACCUCGAGAGGGAGGCCGAGGCUCUCAAGGACCUCAACGUCAAGCUUGUCGAGGCUGCAGACCAGCUCGCAGUCAUGGUCGGCAACAACGAUGUGGCAUCCACCACCGCCACCCACCUGGACCAUGACCUCACGGCGCUGCGCAUGGAGGCUGACUCCGCCAAGGACGCGCUCGCCACCGCGGAGGCGCGGGCCGCGGCUGAGCGAUCCGAUCUCAUCGCGCGCAUCAGGACGCUGGAGAUUGACCUCGCCGAGGCUGAGGGCGAGGCGGAGGAGGCUGCGGAAGUCGGCGCCAUGGUCAUCGGCGGAGCCGCCACGGCCGGUGCCGAGCUCGAGAAGGCCCGCCUCACCGUCGAGAAGCUAUCCGCGCUCGCCAAACGAAGGGGCGACGAGCUCCUCGCGGCUGAGGCUGCUGCCUCUGCCGCCGCGCGUGAGGUUGCCUCGCUCAAAGAGCAGCUCGCCAACUCCUCCGCCGGAACCGGCCAUCUGGCGCGUGUACGCGAGCUCGAGGUACUCAUGUCCGAGAUGCUCACCGCGGAGGAGGCGAACAUACUCGAGGCGAGGAUAAGGGAGCUCGAGAUCAUCAUGGCGGACAUGAUCGAGCCCGAGGAGCUCGACGCCGCGCUCGCCAGGAUCAGGAGCCUCGAGAUUGUGAUGGCGGACAUGGUUGACGCCGAGGAACUCGAGGCUGCGGAGGCGAGGGCAACCGAGAUGGAGGCGAGGGCGGCGGCCCUCGAGGUCGAGGCGGACCGCCUCAGGGCCCGCGUUAGGGCGCUCGAGGCUGAGAUGGCGGGAAUGUCCUACGACGACGGCGAGGACCUCGCAGUCGCACCCGUGGAGCCGCGCAAGGGUGGCACGUUCAAGCGCAGGUCCGGGCAGUUCAUCAUGCGUAAGUUCGACUUCGCCGCGGUGAAGGCGAAGACGGCUCCCGUUAAGGCCUUCAAGCGCUCCGGCACUUUCAGCCUGCGCAGGAUGAAGUUCUCGCCCAAGGCUGCAGCGACGAGCGCGGCUCCCGCGAAGAAGGUGGAGAGGAGCGUGGAAGAGCCCGUGGUGUUCAACUUUGAACAGAAAAAACCUGGGUUCAAGCGUACUCCCGGUACGUUCACGAAGCGCAAGCUUUCCUUCGGAGAGCCGAAGGUUGUGGCCUCCGAGCCAUCCACGUUCAGGCGCUCGGGAACUUUCACCCUGCGCAAGUUUGACUUCGCUGCAGUCAGGGCCAAAACUGCCCCGGCCAAAGCUUUCAAGCGCUCCGGCGUCUUCAGCCUGCGCAAGAUGAAGUUCACGGUGAGGCCCGCGCAGCCCACGAGCGGCGCCGGCUUCACUCGUAAGUCUGGACAGUUCACCAUGCGCAAGUUUGACUUUGUCGCUGCCAAGGUCAAGGCGCAGGAGGGCAAGUCUUUCAAGCGCGGUGGCAACUUCACCCUUCGCAAGAUGAACUUUCGAGAGAACGCCCAGCAGGAGAUCGCUCUCGAGACCCGCUCCGGCACUUUCGUGCGCUCCGGUGGCAACUUCACCAUGAGGCGAUUUGACUUUCUCAAGGCGAGGUGAGCGCCAGUACUAUCAAUAGCCUAUUAAUUCGACGUAGAAAGAAACAAC